GCCCGAUGCCCUCCGGUUUCUGGUUUGAUCGAUAAGAUACAUAUGUACUCUCUCACCUAUUUAAUCUUCCCUAGGGAUUUUCAUCCUCGUUAUCUUCACAUCCGAGUACUAAUUACUGGACCAAAUGGAUGAUCUUCAGUAUUCUCUCGAUCUUUUCAAACAUCUAGGACGUCGCUCAGUCUUACCUUUGGUUUCGCGCCCUAUUUCUACGAUAUGCCAAGCUGCAGCGACUGGCGACCUUCCUGACCUGAAUAACGUUCAAGGCGACGCGAUUUAUCUCUUUCCUAAAAAUGCCGAGAACUUCGUAUUUUUCAGGAUCAACAACGUAACAUCGUUCAGAACUGCUCUGUGGUCCUUUAAGCCAACGACUGCGGAAGACGUGAAAAAUAAUCUUAUCUCGAUCGCUGUGGCAAAAGCAAACGCUCGUGAUGCAAGCAGUGUCCCGACAGUCGAUAUCGCGCAAUACCAGAUUUCAUUCAGCCGUGCCGGCCUGUAUUUCCUCGGCGUGAACGAGGGCACUGGAGAUGUUCGCUUCGAUAAGCGCUGCAUGAAUGACGACAAGGAACUCAUUGGCGAUACAAAACAAUGGGACCCUAUGUUUGUCAAAGCAACACCUGACCCGGUGAACGGAUCAGUGCGUAAUGAUACCGGAGCUCUGCAUGGCGUCAUCACUGUCGCCGGAAGUAGCGCCGAGACUUGCACCAAAGCUUCACACGAUGUCAUAGACCUAUUUGGCUCAUCGAUAACGGUUGCCGGCGGCAAGCCAGUGGAAGGAAGGGCUCGACCACCCCCCUACAAAGGGCAUGAGCAUUUCGGCUUUCGAGAUGGGAUCUCCCAACCUUGUCUACGGGGCCUCGUUAUUCCUCGCGCUGGCCAGGUUCAAGUUGAUCCUGGGGUGAUUAUAAUGGGUUAUCCAGGCGAUCCUGUACGGGACAAUCCGACUACCAAAGUGAAACGUCCGGCCUGGACCAAGGAUGGGACGAUUUUGGUAUUCAGGAAGCUUGAGCAAUCUGUUAUCUCUUUCGAGGAUUACGUGCAAAGGAAUGGACCCCGUUGGCGCGAGUUCAUUCCCGGAGGCGAUAUAUCUCCUCCACUCAACAAACAAGAAGCUGAAGAUCUCUUUGGGGCACGGUUUAUUGGGAGGUGGAAAUCGGGCGCACCCCUUGCUAAAUGCCCCUUCCGCGACAACCAAAAAAUGGCGCUUGACCCGGACCUCAUCAAUGACUUUGACUACGUCGUUCGCGAUAACCCGAAUAUAUCACAAUAUGAACCUAGUGAUUAUCACUGCCCAUUCACUGCACACACGCGCAAGAUCGCGCCACGUAAUUUGAAUCCUUUCAUCGAUGCUAAAUUCCUCGGAUCGGGUUCACUCGUACGUGCAGGGCUUCCGUAUGGCGACGAGGUUACUGAUCAAGAACGACGCGAUGUAGCAAGCGGAAGCGAUGAGUUACCUCGCGGGCUUCUGUUCAAUUGCUAUAUGUCCGACUUGGACUCAGGAUUCGUUCGUCAUAUGAUUGGAUACGCGAGAAAUGAUUACUGGCCCAUGACGUCCCUGGUACCACAGAAGAAGGGUAACUAAUUUAAAGAAGUCCUUCGCCUGUAUGCCACUCUAACUAAUAGAUUCCAAUUUCGGUUAGGUCAGGACCCUGUCAUUGGUAGCCCGCCUGUGUACAGACCUGCUCAACUCGAAAGCACAUCUCCCUUAGUAAAUUCCGGGGAUAAAGUCGACCUACAACUCGCCGAUGCGGAUGGUGCGGCGUUCGAGGU